AUGAGCAGCGAUAUUCCAAACCUUCCUGGCUUAAAUUUUAGAGAUCCUCGAAGCUAUGCAAUGCUUAGACCUCAACACAACAAGAUUCAGUACGGUUAUAUGCUGCCAAGGCCUCCAACAGUUGAACACGUUGAAAAACAUAUCAACGAGCACUCCACAAAAAUCAGGUAUACAGAGCCAAUGCUUACAUCAACAGGAAAUAUUAAGGCACAACAAACAUUUGCAGAUAAUCCAUUGCCAACAGCCAUGGUUCCACCUGGUGUUUUAAGAUUUUACGCUUACUUCCGCGAAGAAGUUACAGAAUCAAACGACGAAACAUCAAGAAUUCGCUAUGUCAGAAUCUAUGCUUACUUGGAAGAUAACACAAUCAUGAUUGAAGAACAAAAACAACGCAAUUCUGGAAUCGAUCAAGGUGUUUUGCUUAAAAGAAUGCGCGCUCUCAAGCCAGAUGCUCCACAGUUUGGCGACCAAUACGUUGCAGCUGACUUUAAUGUUGGCCAAAACUAUGAAAUUUAUGGAAUCACAUACCAUAUCUACGCUUGCGAUGAAUUCACAGAAAGAUACUUCCAGGAGCACGACUUGCAACUCGGCGAGUUCGAGAAGGCUCCAGAUGACAUUUUCACUGUCAAGAGGAAACUUACAGAGCGCCCAAUUCGUGUUUCUCGUGUUAAUGCAGAUAAGCAGAAUCUCAAGCGCUUCCUCGAAUACGAUGGCAAAGUUCUUAGAUUCUACUGCACAUGGGACGAUACAGGUUCAAUGUUCGGUGAGAAACGUAAUUUCGUUCUUGUUUACUUCCUUGUCGAUGGCAGUAUCGAAAUCAGACAAGUUCUUCCACCAAACUCUGGCCGCGACAACGUUGCCAAUUUCCUCAAGAAAUCCAAGCUUAUCAACCCACAAACAAAGCAGCCGUACCAAGAACAAGACUUCUACGUCGGACAAACAAUCGAAGUUUACAACCGCAGAUUCUUUAUCUACGAUGCAGAUCCAUUUACACGCAAUUACCUCGACGACAAGUACGGUAUCCACGACUGGACCUCUGCUAUCAACGAUAGUGAUAGCGAUGACGAAGCCCAGGCCGAAAUGGAUAAAUCGAAGCGCGUCAUUGCAGAAUACAACGGCUGGGGCGAUCCAGAAGACUCCGCCGGCUAUUGCACAUCAUUACAUCCAAAGCCACCGAAGAAAGAUACAAUCAAACUCCUCAACAACGAUGGCAAAGUUCUCAGAUUCUCUGCACAGUUCCUCAAUCCAGCUCCACAAGACCGCGAGAGACGAUUCGUCAUUGCCUUCUUCCUUAUGGACGACACAGUUGCUGUCUACGAGAAGCCAAUGAGAAACAGUGGUUUCCGCGAAGGCAAAUUCAUCCAGAGAACGAAAUUAACAAAUCCAGCAACAGGAAAGACAUUUGCUGCAUCAGAUUUCAAGAUUGGUGCAACACUAACAAUCAACAGCUUCACAUUCAUCACUACGGAAGCUGAUGAGUAUUCUCUUGGAUUCAUGGAAGCUGAUGCCGAUCAGUUCCCAUCUUCUGACCUUUCUAAUAUCAUCAACGCUCUCAGACAACAAAGAGAUGUCGUUGACUCUUUGCAUGAGGCUUUCCAGGCAAAGGACCCAGAAUUGCAGGGUAGAGUUAAGCCUUCUGAUAUGGCAGUCAUCAUGGAAUCAAUCGGAAUGCCUAAACAUGAGAUUGCUACUGUUUUGAGACGUUGGGAGAACAAAUUAGGUUUCGAUUACUUCGGUUUCAUGUCUGCACUCCAAUAA